UAUUCAUUGAACGAGACACGCUGCGGCGGUCUUUUUCGUUCGUUUGUAUUUGUUUCUCUCGGAGCUCGAGCACCGCUAUGAUCUUGCCGGUGCUUGCGGGAGCAGUACUUUGUGUGCCUGUUCUUCUAUAUUCCUACAGAAAGAUACGGCCGCUCUUUUCUGUCAAGGUAAACUGCUGGUUCUGCGGGCUCCAGACGGUCGUUCCUUACGGAAACAUCAACUGCUGGGACUGCCCGAGCUGCGAGCAAUACAAUGGAUUCAAGGCGGAUGGCGACUACAACAAGCCCAUCCCUGCACAGUUUGACGAGGCCCUCAAUUUCACAACUUCCAGCUGCCAAUCCGAUUCCUCGCCUUCGGCCUUGAAAAUGAAGCCUGACAACCAGCUCUGUUCCGUGUGUAAUUACCAUCAGGUCAUCAAGGUUCGCCUGCUGGCAAACUUCACUUCGACGGAAGAGAGCCGCUUUGAAACUGAGGUGGAGCAGUACCGGCAGCACCUGGAAGAGGUCUACGCAUUGUGCCAGUCAUGCGAGGUGCAGGUCAAGAGGACGUUGACCCUUCAGGACUCGCUGCUGCGGCCGCACUUGGUCGGUCGCACCCUGCCGGGCCAUUGGAGAGUUCUGGCACGCUACUGCCUUCCUUGGAAGCAACGUCUGAGGCUCGCGUUGUCCAUCACAGCGUCUGCCAUGAGCGUCUCUGCCUCGACAAUGUUGCUGUUGGCUUUGCUUGAGGGCAACGCCAUGCUGACACAGUACCUCGCGAAGUGGGGCCUGGCUAGCUUGGUGGGGAAUGUGCCGUCCUUGCAACUACUGCAACCUGCUGGUUUCGUGUUGGCUGGAGGCUCGGUGCUGUUUGCGGGACGUCGGCGUCUGGGUAUUACAGCCCUUCUUCUCUGCUUCUGCUGGCUGCUAAUGGUGUCGUGCAGCUACACUACAAUGGAAAACUGGCUAGGUUAUGGUAUCGUAACAUGGUUCCAGCUCGUUCUCUCCACUUCGACGAUUGUCCUGGGAGCCUUUCACACAGUCAACCUUCUCAAAAACUACCUGCAUGGUGGAGCUCUCAGAAAACUGGUAAAUGCCAGAGGAAGCAGCCUGUCAUCUAGCCCCUGCAGCUCCAGUGCAGAAAGCCUGAGCUCAUCAACUUACCUACCCAACUGGGAAGCAUCGCAAUGCAACGGCCAGAGCCAGUUCAGCUUCGGUGACAACCACAGCACUUGCAGCCGGCAGACAAAGAUGGCCGCCAGUGACCUCUCGGACAGGAUGACCGACGUGCACAUCUCCCCAGAGAGCGAGAGAUCGUGGACCACUAGCACAUGGUCCAAGCCCACAAGUCUGCAAGAAAUCUCCCAAGAACCUGCUUCGGCCAGCUGCGCUAAUUUGGCCAAGAGCUUUGGUGACAACAGACGUCCAUCGUCACUUCUGUGGCCCGCUAGGCUGCACUUUCAGCAGGGCUCGCCAUGGAUGUCUGGUGGCAUGUGGGCUAUGGGCGGAACACGCACUCCCUCCAACACCAAGGUCUUGUGGGGAGUCCGGCAGAGUUUCGGCUUGCUCACUCCGCCUCCAUCUGUGGAGGGGUCUGCCAAGCACAGCUCUAGUGGUUCCAUCGCAAGUGCAGCUGGCCAGAAGCAGAAGAAAGCAGAGUGGUGCUUCUUCAAGCAAAGAGACGCCUUCUUCUCGUCGUCACCCGAGGACACCCCUGUACCCGAAAUGAGGACGUCGACUUCCGCUGAGACCCGGCAGGCAAAAACAUUGUUCAGCAGGCAUCGUUCUCUGCCCGGCGGUCACAGAAUCAAUGACGCCUCAACGCUCCGGCACCGUGGUCAGGUCAGCAGGGAGACUGUGUCUAGCCCCAUCCUCAACACUCAAGGCAGAGGCUACGCGAAGUCCUCCGUCAGCGAAACGUCGUUGGUGACAGGCAAGGCCUCCGGCUGUGAAACUACGCCAGCAGCUUCCAACGUGCACCUAGCCAAGCGGCCUUUUCCAACGCUCACCUGCUUCUGCCUGGUUUUAAGCGUGGUGCUCAACGUUUCACUGUGCGUCUACUUCGUUUUCUCGCCGCACACAGCUGCCGUAAGGCAGUGAAUUUAGCCACGAUGCGCUCGUUUAGUGCCCACUUUCUGGGCUUGUGCAACCAGCCAUGACAUUUUUUGAAGAUUUUACCUUUUGCAUUUUUGUACAUAUUAUAAGCAAGAAGCAUGCACAUUACGAGAAGUACGCAAGUGCCAACAUAGGAGAGGUGUCCCACACGCUGAUAAUCUAGAAUUGGUGAUCGGUGGAUGCGUGGAAGGCGCACCUUUUUGUGUGCGUGUGAAACGGGCGGUGCACCGGGUGGUAAGGUUUUGUUUGCUUAUUUUAACGUACGUACGUACCACUGCGAGCAUUGCAGGUGCCCACGUUUUGCAUUAUUCGACGUCAUAAACAUGCCUAAUCUCUUCAACACCCCUCCUUGACAGCAUAAGACACUGCCAUCUUUUUUACCGAGCUAGACAAUACGCCUCAGUCGUAGCACUCUUUGACAGUUGUUGCGUUAAAAAGCUGCUUGAGGAACGCUCAUCUCAAUCAUAGCACUCUUUGACAAUUGUCGCGUUGAAGAGCUACUUGAGGGACGCUCGUCUACACUAGUGCCCGUGGGUGAGCGGCAACGGCAUCGGUGAUAACUAAAUUUUGCCAGCAAAACCAGCAAGGAACGUUUUGAUGCAUUAUGACUACACCAGACAAGUGACGCUGCGGCACUCUGCUUUUCGGAGAUGGACGGAGUGUCUAAUGAAUUACGUAACCACUGCUCCAGAGGGUUUUGCACUCUGCUACAACCCACAUGUUUCUCUUUUUUGUAUUGUGGAACACGCUUAACUCCAUCCGCAAUUGUUGUUGCAUUAUCCUUUAUUUGUAUAUUAGAAAUUGUAACAUAUUUGAGACGUACCUCCACUCAAGCGCUAUCACCGUUAUUCUUUUUUAUUCAAAUAUGAAGCUCCUACGUGGUCUGUACAUUUAUAUCUGAUAGAGGUAGUGUUGUGUUGUUGAACUUGCUAGGCUUUUGUUAUGAGGUGUGCAGAUGAAAUUUUGUGAGUGAAAUGUCGACUAUCAGCACUCGGCUAUCAGCUAUAUUUUCAGCACCUUAAUUUAAUUUAGAUAGUUUAAACAUUAACGAGCCAAAUAUAAGACCACUGCCCAUCUACUUUACAACAGAAGCACGAGUAGAACGUGUAGGCGCGGACACUCCGCAGAUUUGUACUUGCCACUAACCUGCAUUUCACAUCUUCACUGCCACUCUGACAUUAGGUCCUAGUUUUAAGGGACCUAGCUGAUUAAAACUGCCGCUAAGAGAAUGCACUUGUAUCAGUUGUUUGUCAACUUUUUUUAUUCAUGACGCUUAGCCGUUGUGUAUGGAACUCACAGUGAUUUUUUGAACCGCACUUCACACUGCCCACAACACCAGGGGGCUGGUGAACCAGGGUGCUUGGUUGUAUGUACGCAUUUCAAGUUAUACAAGGCAUAAUGUAAACAGAAUGCUGAAACUGUAACCAACAGUUCUUUUUGUCUCGCGCACAUAUAUCUUAUUUUUACUAGGGAUGGGCGAAUAGUAAAUUUGAGGUUCGAAGCGAAUCCGAAGCGAAUAGUGAUUUGGGCGAAUAAUUUCGAAUCGAAUAGUUCGAAUAGUAUUUACCGCAUAUUAUUAAGAAAAAUGAGCAUUUUUGUCAUCACCCUUGCACAAUAUUUUUAAGGAUUGGAACUAGGUAUGAGUGAAUGUCAAUUUUUUGGUUUGAAUUGAAGUGGAAGCAGCCUUGAAUAGUAUCAAAAUUUGAAAUAGCAGUAGGGUGCAAGUUGUAAGUGGUGCAAUACGUUACAAUUUAAAAAUGACUAUACUUAGCGCAUAUAAGCCCAUAUAACACGCUUUUAAACUUAGAAAAAUACGUACAUUUAACCUUGAAGUGUGGCCUCGCGGCAGUGCAUAUUUCCCCUGGAUGGGUCGCUUCACGGCACAGCAACAAGACGCUGCAGUGAAAUCACCUUUACAGGGUAAUAUUCGUUCGAAUAUUCGAAACGCCCGAAUAUUCGCCCAUCCCUAAUUUUUACAUUACAAAGACUGCCAGUACAUUCUUUCUUCUUUUUUAAUCUCUUUUCACAUCUGCAUCCUUCGUAAGGCAUAAUUGUAACUUAAGCUGGACGGUCUUGUGCUUAGCGUGGAAUUUGGAUUUUUUUUUUGCACGGUUCCAGGGGCUUUUUUCGACUUGCUGCACGAUGUCUGUGGUUGUGAAAGCUGCUGGCCGUUAUUGUCGGUUCUGUUCACUUUGGUUUCAAAGACAACCCAGCGAUCUGCGUGUUAUACCGUAUACAUAAUAACAAAGCAGUGCUUGGACUACUAUACUAUGUUGUGUGAGAGAAAGAGUGAACAGUGUCUAUUUUACAGAAAUUAGGAUUAGGGUGUUGCAGCGUGAAAAAAAAAAAAAAAGAAAAAGUGCUGUUUGUACAGAGUGAACUUUAAACUUGUGGUAUUGGUCUAUUUAAAUAAAGUAGUACUAGUAGUGUGCAUCUUUGGCUGUGGCUUGGUACAGGGUGCUAUGUGUUUUUGGUGUAUUUAUGUAAGCCUCUUUGUGUACAUAGAGUUAACCUUGCCGCACCAGGGUCACGUUUUUGUUGUGACGGUUGUGAUGGAACAAAGGAAACUAGUCUGCUGCGCAGCACCAUGGUCUAUUGGCAAGUUUUUUAUGGGCAUCAUCUUAAUUACGUUCUGCUGCGCAGAAAGGUUAUCUAGUUACAGACACAUAAUGCAAAAUAACCUUUUGCGAAACCACUGUCCUUAGUGAGACAAGUUGUUCAAGCUAAAACUGAAGAAAAACUGCAAUGUGUGUGAAUCUUUUUUUUUUUAAUUGUCUUCAAUAAAUGUGUCUGUCGUGACA